CCAUGGUGCCCUGGGGAGCGGUGCUGUGGCGGCGGCUGCUGAGGAAGCGCUGGGUGCUCGGCGUCGUCUUCGGGCUCUCCCUCGUGUACUUCCUCACCAGCACCUUCAAGCAGGAAGAGAGGACAGUGAGAGAUCGAAAUCUCCUCCAAGUGCAAGAGCACGAGCAGCCGAUCAUGUGGAAGGUGAAGUUCAGCUCGGGAAACAGCAGUCAGCUGAGUAACCAGUGCAGGAAUUCUGUGCAGGGGAAGCUCCUCAUUACAGAUGAACUGGGCUACAUCUGUGAGAGGAAGGACCUCCUGGUGAAUGGCUGUUGUAACGUCAACGUGGCCAGUACAAAGCUGUACAGCUGCGACAGCUGCCUUCCCAAUGGCUGCUGCAGUGUGUAUGAGUACUGUGUUUCCUGUUGCCUGCAGCCCAGCAAGCAACAUCUUCUGGAACGCUUCUUGAAUCGGGCAGCUAUUGCUUUCCAGAACCUCUUCAUGGCAGUGGAAGAUCACUUUGAGUUGUGUCUGGCAAAAUGUAGGACUUCAUCACAGAGUGUGCAACAUGAAAACACCUAUAGAGAUCCAAUUGCAAAAUACUGCUAUGGCGAAUAUCCCCCAGAGCUUCUGCCUGUUUGAAAGCUGCAUGAUCUAAGCAACAAAGGGAAGGAACUGCAGACUAGAAUCUAAAAGAGCAAGACAACAGCUGUUGCUUUAUAAGAGCCUCGGUGUAAAUGGCUGAUACUGUUUCUGGGGACAAGCCCAGAGGUGUACAGUGUAAGGGAGGGACGUAAAUUCUCUGGGAUUGAAUCUUGCUUUCUUCAGUUUGUUACGCACCUGCUUUAGAGUACUAGUACAUUCUUUGAGUACUUUCUCUAAAUUUUAGGAUGCACAGAGUCAAUCUAGGCUAUAAAAUGUUGUAGGAAAAAUAUCUAAUGUAGCUUUGCAGCUAUACAUGGAGGUUCGAUUGUGUCUCUGUAGUCCAGAGGCUUUCCAGAGUGAUAGUAAUAAUUGGAGGAUUUUUGCUUUUAAAGAGUAAAGCAUGCCUGUUGUGCUUCUCUCUCUGAAGCACUUCUUGACAUGCAUGGUGUACACUACAUAUGUAAUUAUGAAUUAUUUAUUCAUUUUAUAUGGAUUACUAGCUGAAAGUAUUGAUGCUUUGCAUAGCUAGUUGUUGAUGCCUUUCAGUCCCUGUUUUAUUAUGUCAGGUAGAAAGGAUGUUUUAGAUCCUGACUAAAGUUGGUUGGUUUUUUUCCUCCUUAGUCUAAAGGAAUUGUAUUUGGAUUCAUCACUAUAGUGCUUAGUGAGUUUAAAGCAUUCAGAACUCCAAUGGAGUUGUUAUUCUGUCAAAAGUCCCAUAACAUGUAAGAAGAGCAGGGAUCUGCCUAGGAUGGGAUGUUUAUUGUCUGUAGAUGCUUUCCUUGUUACUCUGCGACAGUUUCCUCGAAGAGGAGUCUUGUAAACAGCUCUCUGCUAGUCCACUUUCUGACAGGGAACACUGAAGACUUAUUUGCUUGAACUUAUUCAGGCCAUGGUAAUUCAAAUGUACUUCACUCCUGGUUGUGCAAAAGGUGGGAGUUGUUUUAGGAUUUCAGUUUAAUGAUGUCCUUGUACAUGAAGUAACUAAAAUGUCGGAACGUCGCUCAAGCCCUCCUCUGAGGACAACUGUGUUGCAUGAGUUCAGUUAAACAGUCAUGAUGAUUUUGAUUUGCUGUUUGACAUACUCGUUACUCUGGAAUUUUGGUCUGAUCAGAAUGGUACUAGAACAGGGUUGGUUAUCCCACCAUUUCUCCUAGCACUCAAAUUUGUAAUUUAAACUGUGUCCCUCUUAAGGCUUCACAACACAGAAAAGAUGGGUAGAGAACCUGUAAAAUGCUGGCUAAAUUUGUACUUCCCCUGCAAGUCGCUGGACGAAGUCCAAACACUAGUUCUUUUCUAUAUGCAGAGCCUCAUUUCUCUUGAUUUUACCUCAUCCGCUUGCUCCAUGAAUCUGACUUUGUAUACGUUUGUUUAAACUGAUACUUCCUAUUCCCUGACUGAAAUAAAACAAUCUACAGGGGCUUUAAAAAAACCCCACCAAACAACAAAAAACCCAAGGACAGUGGUGGAGUAUCCUAGUGCAAACGAUUAAACAAGAAGUAGUGUUACCAGCCAGCUGAUAAAAUCUACUUGCAGUGUUUUCAUUCUUCUUUCCCAGAAGUCAUCAAGUGAGAUAAUGAUUCCGUCAGCAGAUUCUCUUGAAAAUCUUGUUUUUCCAAAAGCUUAAAAGCUUUAGCAUUAGUAGUUUAUCCACUUGAAAAUCUUGUCUCCCCUCUGCUGCCAUCCUAUGGCAACUUGCUGCAGCAGACAUGACACAGUGUAAAGAUGCAGUGUGAAAUGCCGUCUUCAGAGGGUAGCAGAGGUUACUUCUCUUUUCAGUGUUAAACAGAUUCGUCACCCCUGUUCCAGCACUUCAUAACUGUUUUCCUCAGGGAAAGCCAUCAGGUUGGUCUGUGAUCAUUCCUACUGAGAUAUAUUCCAGCACUUUAUGUUUUUGCACCAUGACUGAUGAGAUCAAGAUACUGAUGGCUUGCUCUUGCUUUCUUUUCCAACUUGAUAUUAAUUCCUUAGUAGGCGAUAGCACCGCUUGAAGCAGUGAUUAAGAAAUUAUAAGAACCAGCCUAAUUUGGACAACAUUAGUGGGAAUUCCUGGCCCCUUUCUCUCCUAGAAAAACAGGAUGUUAUCAGAAGUGUGUGUGACCUUGUUCCAUUCAGUGGGAUGGAAACUGCAUCCUCCCUCCCUGGUUGUUAAGAUGUUCAACUAGUGUCUAUACUGUAUGUUAAAUCAUUAAAAAUUUAUCUGUGUUCCAAAAUGC